AGAGGGAGCGAGUUUGUGUGUCUGGAAGCAUCGUGCUGAAGCCAGGCGACUCGAUUCGUCCCCUGGACGCUCCGUGCAAGUCGCUCACCUGCACGGACAAGUUGGACUCUGGGACUGGCUUCCUACAGCUGCUCAGCAGCAACCUCGCCUGUGACUGUGCAUGUGGACAGGGACAUUCCGGCGAUCCCUCUCAGGAGGAUGGGAGCGGAGCCACUGAUGAGGGCCGUGAUGCUGCUGCUGAUGCUGAUGCUGAUGUCACUGACGCUGCUGAUGCUGCUGCUGAUGUCACUGCUGCUGAUGUCACUGCUGCUGAUGCUGCUGCUGAUGUCACUGCUGCUGCUGAUGCUGCUGCUGAUGAGGACGUCAGGACGGAAGAAUGUUGCAGUGCCUGUAGCAGAGGGAACAACUGUACUCACAUCACGGACACUGAGAUCGUCUCUGUGGGCGUUGGUGUCUCUGUGCGAGUCUCCAGCUGCCUGCUCGCUGAGUGUACGAGCGACUUGCAGCUGCUGCUGCAUCACACCACGUGUCCUCAUCUAGACCACGUGAUGUGCAAACUGGCUGGUGGAUCUGUGGUCACCGAUGAAGAUGGAUGCUGUCAGACCUGUGAUCUGUCAUCAGCGAGUUGCCAGCUGAGUGUCGUCCACAUGGAUCUGGACGCGGAUGGCUGCCUCAUCCCUUCGGUGGCUGUGCGUGUGUGUCAGGGGCUGUGCGCUAGCUCCAGCGAGUGGAGUGGAGAUUCCUUCCGUCGCCUGGGCGUCAGUUGCUCCGAGUCCGGCCCCCUGGCUCCCCGGAUCAUCGCGUGUCCCACCAACCCCGAUCGCACGGCCACUGUGCUGGAGCCGGCAGCGUGCGCCUGCGUGGAGCAGUAGCUCCAGACGGCCCCAUCACUCGGUGGUCCACCAACCCCAUCACUCGGUGGUCCACCAACCCCAUCACUCGGUGGUCCACCAACCCCUUUGAUGAGACUACCCAUCACUCAGUGAUCCACCAAUCCCUCUACUAAGACCACCCAUCACUCGGUGAUCCACCAACCCCUACCACUCAUCACUCGGUGAUCCACCAACCCCAUCACUCAGUGACACAUCAACCCCUACCACCCAUCACUCGGUGGUCCACUAACCCCUCUACUAAGACCACCCAUCACUCAGUGAUCCACCAACCCCAUCACUCAGUGACACACCAACCCCUACCACCCAUAACUUGGUGGGCCACCAACCCCCUUUAAUAAGACUAGCCAUCACUCAGUGAUCCACCAAUCCCUCUACUAAGACCACCCAUCACUCAGUGAUCCACCAACCCCUACCACUCAUCACUCAGUGAUCCACCAACCCCAUCACUCAGUGACACACCAACCCCAUCACUCAGUGAUCCACCAAUGCCUCUACUAAGACUACCCAUCACUCAGUGACACACCAACCCCUACCACCCAUCACUCGGUGAUCCACCAACCCCUACCAGCCAUCACUCGGUGAUCCACCAACCCCUACCACCCAUCACUCAGUGACACACCAACCCCAUCACUCAGUGAUCCACCAACCCCUACCACCCAUCACUCAGUGGCCCACCAACCCCUACCACCCAUCACUCAGUGAUCCACCAACCCCAACACUACCUCACUACGUCACUAUCAAUAGGAUCGAUGUUUGAUGGAACAGUGAAUAAAAAUUAUGAU